AUGUCGCCAUUGACUGCACCACGUUUUUCGAUAUCACCCUAUUUUGCUGCAUAUGAUCCAGCUAAACCGGCACCGGUUAUCACGAAAACUAUAAAAUUUCUUUCAUGUAUCAUUGAUUAUCAUCUAGGUUCGUUCGGUAUCUAUCAAAUUUCCGUUUUUCUCGUCCUUGGCCUUCUUGCUGUCGUCCCAUCGAUGGUCGCUUUUUCCUAUGAUCUCAAUGUUGGUGCACCUGAUCAUCGCUGUCGUCUAUCAGUGAACGACACAUACAAUACUAUACAUGAACAACAUUUUACGAAUUUCUUGUCGAAAUCGAUUGAUUAUGCUGAAAAGUGUACUAUGCCUACGAGUCAUUCUUCAUCAGAUCGACAACCUUGUGUCAAUGGUUGGGUGUUCGAUAUGAGGAAAUAUGGUACCACACUUACCACUGAAUUAGAUCUUGUAUGUGAUCGAUUUCAUUUGCGAGCAUUGACACAAAAUAUCUAUUCGGCUGGCACGGCCGGAUCGAUUCUUACUGGUAUUCUAUCGGAUCGUUGGGGUCGACGGAAAACGAUUUAUCUACUUGUUCUUAUCUUACUUCUUGCAUUGAAUAUAAUGCAGUUUUCAUUGCAUUCUCGUACCCAUAGACUUCUUCUGUUUACAAUAUGUCGAUUUUUUCAAGGCUUCGGAACAACAUUUCACUCUGUGUCACUUGUUCUUCUUUCGGAAUUAACCGGACCGCGACGACGUGUUCUCGCUGCUAAUACACUUGCUUAUUCAUUUGCAUUAGGUCAAAUCAUCUUAGCUAUUAUAGCGAAACAGUUCAAAAAUUACAAAUUAACAUACUGGGCAUUAACUUUAUAUGUUUUACCAUUUGUAUGUAUCUACAUACUUAUACCUGAAUCACCCCGAUGGCUUAUUCGACGCGGUCGUGUACGAGAAGCACGAAAAGUUUUAGAACGAAUUUUCCUUAUUAAUCGUCGACGUAUACACGAUCGAUUAGAAUUAUUUUAUUCCGAUUUGCCGACUGAUGUCGUUGCAGCAAGAGAAGCCGAACGCAAAAGUCCGACUUAUUUGAACGUAUUAAAACGACUGUGUCGAUCGAAAUUAAUGAGAAAACGAUGUUUACUUCUGAUCGGUGUUUGGGCUGCCGCACUUUCAGUCUAUCUCGGUAUCAGCAGUGCAUUGACAGUACUUACAAAUCGGCCCCAUGAAUUACUCAUAGCUGGUGCUUUUAGCGAAAUGAUCGGUCUCGGUGUUUGUCAUGCACUUGCAUCCCGUGUUGAACGACGCCGUCUUCUAAUUGUAUGCUUUAUUGCUACGGCAUUAGCUUCAGCUCUUGUGCCAGUCACUCGAGAUACUCAACCGCAUAUCAGUAUUUUGUUUGCUCUUCUUGCAAAACUGACCACAUCUUCAUGUCAAAUGUUGAUUGUUGUUUACACGACUGAAACCUAUCCCACAGCUCUUCGUUCUACGGGCGUCGGUCUAUCAGCAUGUAUAGCUCGUCUUGUUUCCAUGAUUGGCCCGCAACUGUCUGCUACUCAAUAUUCACUCUGGUUUCCAUUGCCGUACGUUGUCUAUUCGAUAGCAUCAUGUCUAGCAGCUUUGGCUGCUUCUCAAUUACCACCAAUACAUUCACCGUGUAAAUUACCUGAAACGGUUCAUGAAGUAGAAAAACAACAUGUACAAGUGACAUUUGCCGUUGCUUCACCAACGCGAACCAUCACUGAACGAAGACCUUCGUCAGCAUUGAUUCGAGAUUUAACUUUAACGAAACCAAAUUCAUCAUCAAUUAUUCCUGACGCGCCACCAUCGUCGAAUCUACGACGGCACUCAACAGUUGUCAGUUUAGCUCGACAAAAAUCUCGAACUACUCGUCUUCCAACAAUAACUGAUAUGAAUGAAGAUGAAGAUGAUAUCAAGUCAAAUGAACAACAAUUGAUCUCGGCGAUAUCACGAAUUAGUUCAUUACCAACCAAUCUAUUUGCACUUCGACGAAAUAGUAGCACUUCUAUUGUUCCCGUUCAUAAUAUGUAA